ACUUCUUUCAAAUUGCAAACAAAAUCAAAACUCUCUUUCCAGCUUAAGGAAGAGACUCACCAACAAUCUCACCAAAAACUUCUUUUAAAUCUUUACUAAUCUACAAACCCUACAUUCAUCCUAUGUAUCUUAUAUACCCAAUAAAGUUUCUAUCUUUCUUCUAAUUUAGCUUAAAUCCAGUUUACUUUCUGGGUUUAUUUGACUCGAAAGCUCAAAGCUUUACAGAAACGCCAAUUCCAAUUUCAUCAUCAUUAGCCCUAUUGCUCUAAUCUAUCUUUCUUUACUUCAACUUUCUCAUUUGGGUUUGCUUCAGAAUCAAAGAAAGGCGCAACCUUUAUCCUUUUAUCUUCGUUUUCUUCUUCUCUAAGCAGAUGAUUACUCGAAAGGGCUAAGAGGGCUUAGUCUCUCUACCUUCUUAGGUGGGAUUUUGAGAAAAGGGACUAAAGAUGCCAUCUGAGAAUCCUUUAAGUGCUGAGAUGUCGAAGAAGGUUUCUUUAUUUGGUUUAACUGAUGUGAAGUUGUGGGUGUUGGUUUGUUUGGUAGUUGGAGCAUUCUUAGCUUUGGUUCUAUUUAUCUUAUCUAUAUGGAUUGCAUUCCGUCGGAAAUCACGGAGACCAUCUCACAAGAUGUUACCUUUCAGUCAAAUACCACGCGUGGCGAAAGAUAUCAGGGUUGAUGAUAGAGUUGGGUUUCAAAACCGCAAUGAAAAUCUAUGUGUCACAGGUGCUGAUAAAUCGAGUGAUAGAAACUCAGGGAAGAUGAUGUCUUACUUGGGGAGAACCAAGUCUAGUGAUAAUGAUAGUAUAAGUCAGUGUAGCUCUGUGCAUCAUCAUGAGAGAACUUGCAGUUCUCACUCCGGUGAAGAAGGAAGCUUUGGAGCUGCUUGGAGACAAGCUUCCCUUGCCCAGGGCGGACUUGUAACAGCAUCUCCUUUGGUUGGUUUGCCGGAAAUAUCUCAUCUUGGUUGGGGACAUUGGUUUACUCUUAGGGAUCUUCAGUUAGCCACCAAUCGUUUUGCUCCAGAGAAUGUAAUCGGUGAGGGUGGUUAUGGAGUAGUUUAUAAGGGUAGACUCAUCAAUGGUAAUGAUGUUGCUGUAAAGAAGCUUCUGAACAACCUGGGACAAGCUGAGAAAGAAUUCAGGGUUGAAGUUGAGGCUAUUGGUCAUGUACGGCACAAGAAUCUUGUAAGGCUUCUAGGAUAUUGCAUAGAGGGUGUUCAUAGGAUGCUUGUUUAUGAGUAUGUCAAUAGUGGCAACUUAGAACAGUGGCUGCAUGGAGACAUGGGGAAACAUAACACUCUCACAUGGGAAUCACGCAUGAAGAUCCUUAUCGGUACUGCACAAGCGCUUGCUUAUUUGCAUGAAGCAAUAGAACCAAAAGUAAUCCACAGAGACAUUAAAGCAAGCAAUAUCCUGAUUGAUAAUGACUUCAACGCAAAGCUUUCCGAUUUUGGGUUAGCCAAGCUCUUAGAAUCGGGUGAGAGUCACAUCAAUACCAGAGUGAUGGGCACCUUUGGGUAUGUAGCACCUGAAUAUGCUAAUACAGGUCUAUUAAACGAGAAGAGUGACGUCUAUAGCUUUGGUGUCCUGCUUCUGGAAGCUAUAACUGGAAGAGAUCCAGUUGACUAUGAACGUCCAGCUAAUGAGGUGAAUCUGGUUGAAUGGCUUAAGAUGAUGGUUGGAACAGGAAGAGCUGAAGAAGUUGCUGAUCCGAGGAUUGAGCCUAAACCUGCUACACGUGCACUCAAACGUGGACUUCUUGUUGCACUGAGAUGUGUAGAUCCUGAGUCAGAGAAACGGCCCAAGAUGAGCCAGGUUGUGCGGAUGCUUGAAUCAGAUGACAACCCUUUUCGUGAUGAGCGGAGGAGUAGAAAGAGUAGAACAGCGAGUAUGGAGAUAGUCGAGGCCACAGAGGAAUCAGCUGAGACUAGCAAACGGCCUGGUCACUCACAGAACCACACAACAAAGCCUGAAAAGACACAUGAAUAGGAAACAUGCUAAGUAACUUCACGUCACCACCAAAUGUUCUACUUAUGGAUGAGGCAUGAGUUUCUUCGUGCUUGUGGAGAAAUACAGAAGAGCUGUUUCAGGUGUUUCUUAACAUCCGGCGAGUAACUGAUGAUGCAAUCUUAGGAGCCAAAUAUCUUUUGAUGAUAGAGAGGCCUUUUGUCUCUCUUGAUCUUUGUGAAUCUUGGUUCUUCUAAAACUCUGAGUCAUGGCUGUUAGGAUGUCAAACAUAAGCCGUAGCCGAUUUGUUGUUGUAUUAUAAAUUGAAUCUGUUUGUCACCUUCUCUCUUUGAUUGAGACGUGUUUAUAGUCAAGUUGAGAUGUAUCUUAUAGAACGUUCACAUCGGAGAAAAACUGUUACGGAA